AUGCCGAUCAAGAAACACACCAAUCCAGAAUUGGUUGAACAAGAAAGAGAAAUUUGCGAGCUAAGAGGAUCGAGAGUCCGUGACUAUACCGGUUCUCAUAGAUUAUUUCAGAUGAAACCAGCGAAUGUGCAACGGAAUAGCGAAGAGGACGAAUUCCCUGACGCUGCUUUAUUGUCCUUUCGAGAAAUCCCUUCUGGAGAUCACUCCCUUACCCCUCAAGAGCUAUGCUGCUUCGACGACAUGGCCACAAGCUUGGUUGUCGAUUCGGUGCUCAACUUCCAAACUCACAAAAUGCAUCCGAGGAAAAGGUACCUGAAGCAAGACGAGCGGUUGCUGACCAUGAGCAUAAUGCGUCACUUUCGGCAGACGAACAACUUUGCUAAUGCGCUCUUGGAAUUCUUUUCACUGAGAUCUGUGAAGGAGUUCCUUCAGCGUCUCUCCCUUCAGAAGCAGAUCGAAUUUAGAGAUCAUGUUGUUCGUUUUCUGAAUGUGUUCUCUUCGAAAGCCGGUUUUACAAUGGAUAUCUGCAGUCGAUACGCCGCUGAGCAGAACAUGGGCGCCAAACUUAUAGCAACACGUUACUGGCAACGUGGUGAUAAGAUCGAACGUCUUUGUGGGGUCAUCAGUGAACUAGACGACCAAGAAGAAGAGCAGAUCUUGCGGCCAGGCUUGAACGAUUUUUCUGUAAUGUAUAGCAUGAGGAAAAAAUGCGCUCAAUUGUGGUUGGGACCAGGUGCAUAUAUCAACCAUGACUGCCGGCCUAGUUGUCGGUUCGUGCCAAACGGACAUACGGCUUACAUUCAGGUUUCACGCGAACUGAAACCUGGAGACGAAAUCACAUGCUUCUAUGGCGAAGACUUCUUUGGAGAGGGUAACGAGAAAUGUGAAUGUGUCACAUGCGAACGGCGGGGGAAGGGUGUGUUUGCGAGCCGAGAGGAAAACAGUGACAACGCUUCGGGUAGCAGUGUGGAGAUGGAGGAAGUCAGCUCUUCGCAGCAGAAAUAUGGGCUUCGUGAGACUGACUCUCGUCUAUGUCGAGCUAGUGUCACAAGGUAA